AUAUAUGUAUACGAUACGAUACCUCUGGACACACCCAUACAUGCAUUCUGAACUAGAGGGUUUUUCCUCUGAAAGCAUAUAUCGGCGCACUCCGUCUCGCCGGCGCCGCUCUCUCUCCCCUCGCCGCAUCUCCUCUCUCUAUCUCUCUCUCUUUCUGAAAUCCCCUUUCGGCUGGUGGGUGGAUCAGCAAUGGCUAAGAAGAGAAAGCAGUCCACUGCAGAAACCACGGAACCUGUCAAGAAACAGCAGGUACAGGAAGCUGCAGUGAACCAAAACCCCAAGCAAGAGAAAUACUUAUACGAACAAGUAGAGGAGGAAGAGGUGGAAGAAGUGGAAGAGGAAGUGGAAGAGGAGGAGGAGGAGGAGGAAGAGGAGGAGGAGGAGGAGGAGGAGGAGGAGGAUGGUGAUGACGAGCAAGAAGAAGAAGAAGAAGAAGAAGAAGAAGAAGAAGAUGGCAAUGAAGACGAAGAACCUGUUCAGAAGCUCCUUGAACCUUUCAGCAAGGACCAGCUGGUUACCCUCCUCCUUGAAGCUGCUAACAGACAUCAAGAUGUUGCCAAACGCAUUAGGAAGAUGGCCGAUGAGGAUCCCGUGCACCGCAAGGUCUUCGUGCAUGGGCUGGGCUGGGAUACCAACACUGAAACCCUAAUCAACGCAUUUAAGCAAUAUGGCGAGAUUGAAGAUUGCAAGGCUGUCUGUGACAAGAUUUCCGGGAAAUCGAAAGGUUAUGGCUUUAUUCUUUUCAAGGCCCGCCGUGGUGCCCGAAAUGCCCUCAAUGAGCCCCAGAAGAAGAUCGGAAAUCGCAUGACUGCUUGCCAGCUAGCAUCUAUUGGGCCAGUUCCCACCAAUCAACAGGCUGCAGCUCCUGCACAGCCUGUGUCGGAGUACACCCAAAGGAAGAUUUAUGUCAGCAAUGUUGGAGCCGAAUUGGACCCAAAGAAACUGGCUGAGUUCUUCUCCAAGUACGGUGAGGUUGAGGAAGGGCCUCUGGGGCUUGACAAGGUGACUGGGAAGCCAAAAGGUUUCUGCUUGUUUGUCUACAAGAAUGUGGAGAGUGCAAAGAAAGCUCUGGAGGAGCCCCACAAGAACUUUGAGGGGCAUAUCUUGCAUUGUCAGAAGGCCAUCGAUGGGCCAAAACCUGGGAAGUCUCACCACAAUCAGCAACAGCAGAAUGGACAGACUUCUCAGUUUCGGAGGGCUGAUAGUUUAGGUUACGGUGCUGGGCCAGUGGGCCAAUUUGGUGCACCACCAAUUGGGAUUGGUCAGGGGGCCACAGCAGCAGCACCAGCUCUGAACCCAGCACUAGGACAGGCAAUUACAGCUCUGCUGGCAACUCAGGGGGCGGGGUUGGGCAUUGGUAAUUUGCUAGGGACCCUUGGAACAGCCACAACGGUGAACCCAGCCGUGCCAGGUGCGGGACAUGGACUGCAGGCAGCAUAUGGGAGCCAGGUUAGCCCAGGAGUGGUUGGGGCCUACGGAACUCAAGCUGCGUAUCCAACGCAACAGCAGAUUGGGCAAGCUGCUCCACCGAGAGGGCAGCAUUCUGGACAGUAUCCAGGCACGGGGCCAUAUAUGGGUCACUAGACCCUAUAAGAUCUGAUGGAUCAGUUUAGUACUGCAUCGGUGGUUGUUCUGAAGUUUGAAGAGCUCAUGCAAAAGCAGUAUUUGUGAUUGGUACAAAGGCUAGAAUCUUUAAAUCAUCAAAAGGAGCUAAUGUUUUUGCUACUUGCUUUUGCCCUAGUACUACAUUCGGUUGGCUACUUCUAAAAUAUUUGCAGUUUUCAAGUGUUUGCUUUUAAAUUCUGAACAUUAUGAGAGUAUUCUCAUUACAAAAUCAUCUGUAGUUUGCACUAUCUAUCAGCUGAACAAAGACGGUCUUCGAAAUCCGAUUUUCUACUGCUACUGAGAAUCCCUCUGUAAGCUCCUAAACAGAACAGCUUCUCUGUGGAGGGGUGGUGGACUCUUUUUGUUCGUUUUAUUUCUGUUGAAAGUAGCCAAAAAGGAUAAGGAGUAGUAUUUUCCGACAUUUCUUUCUUAAAACUGGCCCGUUGUACAUUACCUUUUGAGAAAGUAUCCUGUGUAUUUUGUUUUUAAUUUUUGUGGUUGGUUUAGUUACAUAACCCCAAACACAUUUCUGACAUUGGAAGGGCUUUUGACUAAUCCAGUCACACAGGGGUGAAGGUUAAGCUUUCUUUAACCUGAACCAAAGAAAACGUGCAGGUGGGACAAAAGUGUGCCUCUUGUUUUUGGGGGCAUUUUCUGUCUGUUGAGUUGUAGGGUUGUCAUUUGAGGUGAAUAGAUCAGAACCCCGUAACUGAGGACUGGACUAUUGUACGGCAAUCAUGAACAUGAUGAGUUGCUUGCUGCGCCGCCUUUAGAAGAUAAGCAGCAGCAGGUUGGAGUUGGACAAGAUUCAGGUGGUUCUUGCAAUUGUCUGUAUGUGUAUGCUAGGACCAUAACAUAUGGGGACCAUAUCUGAGGGAGGAGCACAGACAGAAUCAUCCAGGAUAGGGCAACUUACCUGCACAUUGUAAUUUUGGUUCCGAUUUACAUGCUAGUUUGUUUCAGUUCAUUGUACGAACUGUCGGGGUUACAGGCUUUGGAGUGAAAAUGAUCAGCAGUUGUCUGA